AUGGCUCGCUUCACCGAUCUUCCCGUGGAGAUUUUAGAGCCAAUCUUUGCCCACGAUUUCGGGUAUGAGAACCCUCACCCAAUCUUGGCCACUUGUGCCCGGCUGAACAAAAGGUUCUAUGCCGUCGCUCGCCGGCUCCUAUACGGUGAUACACUUCAUAUGGGAUGGAGCCUUGGGAUGAGAGAGCGGCUUCUGACCCGGACAUUCUCUAAUAACCCCGAGCUUGCCGCCCUACCUCGCAGCGUUUCCAUAUACGCCGAGUUUGUGGAUGACGAGGAGCGCGACAUCUUCCAAUCGUUUUUAAGGAGUAUGCCGUUUCUCCAGAAGCUGAGGUCCUCUGCACUCCACCCUACAUCCGUUGCCGAUUUAAGCGUAUUGAAGAACUUGAGAGAGCUAGAGCUGGACACGAUUUACAUAGUAGGGCGGGAUGCCAAUGCAUACCCGUCUGGGAGAAGGGGACUCUAUACAAGGCUACCACCAAACAUAGAGAAGCUACGAAUAAUCUUCCCCGGUCAGCUCAGAGCAUUUGAGCCUGUCCCCAAGUUUCGUAAUUUCGAGGCGUCGCUGGAGCCCGCCGAAACAUUGCGUAAGCCCCAGGCAUUCAAACUCGAAAAUAUGAGGUGGCUCAUUGAGGUUGCCGAGGCCGCAUCGACGCUGUCAUGCCUAUCGCACGUAUAUGUGCAAGAGGACUGCAAGCUCGCUUUUCUCCAUGACAAUCCUGAUAAAGCUAUACCACUUGUUCCUCCGGGCCCGCUCGCUAAUGCGUUUAGGGCGAGUGGCAUUGACCUUGAGCUAUGGAUAAGAGACGCUGAUCUGUAG